AUGAAGAUCAUACCCAACUCAUUGAUGAAAUUUCAUCUAUUUCUUUAUAACAGGACAUUUAAAGUCUUUUAUUUCCCAAAAAAUGGGACCCAAGAACUUUCCAAUUUAUUUAUCGGGAAAUACCUAAAAUCCACAGGAAUCCAAAAUUUCGUUAUAAUAAAUCAAGAUGAGAGCGCAGAAAAGCUUAUUAAAAGUUUAAAACAGAAAAAUCUUUUAAAAGGUGUUGUUUUAUUAAACCAGAAUUUAAGAAAUAUUUGAAAAAAUGGAUUAUUUUCGUAUAUAGGAUCUGGAUUAGAAAAUGCAAACAAUGAAUAUGAGAAAGAAGCCUUUACAAUUGUUAAAAUUUUGAGUAAAAUAUUAAGCUACAACGAUAAAUCCGAGUAUUUAAGCCACCUUUUGAAUGGCCUGUCUUCUAAUUUUACAUUAAUUAACAUACAAAAAGGUAAGCAAACCAACGUAGGCAGUAUAAUUGAUGGCGAAAUAAAUUUUAGUAGCAGUAUUAUUUGGCCGAAUGGGUCUUCUGUAAUCCCUAACAAUCCUUCAACAGAAAUAAAAAUCUCUAUAGCAGAUGGCAUCACAAAUCCUGGAUUUCCAAAAGGUCCAUUAACAAGCAUGUAUAUCAAAGAUGGAGCUUUUUAUGCCUUAAUGUAUAUAAAACAGACCCAUUUUUUUGACGGAUUUGAUAUCUCAAUCACACACACAGAUUUUAAUUUUUAAUGCUAAAAAUUAUAUGAAAUUACGCAAAAACAAUUAGACCGAAAUAAAUUAAAAAUAAUUAUAUCAAAUUAUUUAUACAUAUGACUGAUGAGACAGUAUAAAAAGGUCCUGCAUGUAUAAUUUUGUAUAAAAAAUUAUUGGCAAAAAAAAUAGGCAAAAAAUGAGCUAAAAAAUAGUCCAAAUUAAUGGGCUAAUAAAUAGUGUGAAAAAAUAGGCUGAAAAAUUAAAAUAGCUGUCGUGGAGUACACGUUGUGUAAAUCACAGUGGGGCAGCUGUCUACAGUGCAAAUUUUAGUAUAAACUGUUUCAAGAGUAUAAAAGAUAAGCUAGGUGUAGGAUUUCUCACCAACAUACUAGCCCCAGUUGCUAUUGGAAAUAUCCUUUCUUUUCGAGCUUUAAAUAUAACGAUUCCUCACAUUUCUGAUGUAGUGAUUGCAGGAACACUUACAAGUAAAGCCAAUUUUCCUGAAUUUAUUAGAAUUUCAAAGGACAGCCGAUAUAUAGCAACUAUAUUAGUAAAUUUUUGUAUGAUUUCUGGAUGAAAAAAUAUUAUCGUUAUAUAUGAAAACAGCACGGGUCUAACUUUCGCUUAUAAUCAGAUUUUGACAAAAGCUACAGAAUCACAUAUAAAUAUUGCAAAUAGUCCUAAUGAGAGGAUGCUAAAGCCUAAUUAUUUGCGGUCUGAUUAUCCGACCUAUAAGCAAUGGAUGGAGAACUAUAUAAAAAGUAAUGUGAGAAUUUAUAUUAUUUUGAUGACGGCAAACGAGUUUUAUUUUAUAGAAAAUAUGUAUGAUGCUGGAUUAAGAAGAGGUAAUGUGAUUUUUAUUAUAUAUGAAAAAGUGACAUAUUCUUAUGGAAUAGAGACUGAUGAGACUCAGCUAAAAAAAUUAACGGAACUAUUAUAUGGGUCUAUUAUUAUAACUCAAGCUGAUUGAGUUGGAGACUAUGGAGAACAAAUAAAGCAAGGCUUCCUAAAAGUAUAUUCACCCCCUGCAGACUACAGAUGCUUUUCGUUCGAUUCCGCUAUGCUUCUCUUUCAUGGGAUCAAGUUUACCAUUGAUCAAGGUGGGAAUAUUGAAAAUUCGACACUUCUUAAUUAUAAUUUACGACAUCAAAGAUUUUUAGGCUGCCUAGGAACUGUUUCAAUAGAAUCCGACACAAAUGAUCGAAGCACAAGCAUAGUCGGAGUCUACAAUAUUCGCUGAAAUUCAAGUUCAAACAUCUUGUAUGAAUACUGAGUUGGUAGAUAUGACCUAGAAAAGUCUCAAUUAUUUACACUAUGAGACCCUAUUAUUUACUACGAUAACUCUACUAUUGUCCCUGGAGAUACCGUGGAUUAUCCUGAGUGUCCUUUUGAUUUAGAUAAAGUCCAAUACUCCGAUAUAGGAGCUGGAGUUCUCUAUGCCAUAUCUUUCGGUGUUUUGAUAGUUUCAGUAAUAGUGACUUUUUAUAUAUGAAAGUUAUAUUGGAAUAUAAAAAUCCCAGACAUGACCCAAAGAAGCCUGAUUUUUUUUGAAGACUAUAUAAGUAUGGGAAUAAUUGUUAUUGAUUUUUUGCAAUUUAUUGGUAUGGGUCCUGACAUUAAAGGGUAUGAUAAAAUUUCUAGUAUGCUUGCUGAUUAUGCGACGAUUAAUUAUUCAUGAAUAACCGAAGGGGCGAGAUUUUGACUUUGUGUAAAGGUGAUUUUGGCUGUGCUGUUUGUGUGGAUUUUACUAAGUAUUCACACUUUGAUUAAUUUUCAGAGGUUUGAUAAAUUUUUCUGUGAUUAUUGCAAAAAUUUUUCAAAUUUUGUACUACCAAUUAUUGGCAAUACUUGCUUUUUACCUAUGAUUUCUAUUCUUUUAGGAAUAGUUCAUGUGUUCAAGGAAUAG